ACGGAGGUCGAAAGUGGUCCAGAGGUGGUCCGGAAGGCGGAAGACGGACAUCCCGAGGCGUGGGCGUCCAAAACGUCGAGUAAUGCCUCGUCGUUUUACCAUUGGCGGUGAUCGUCGUGGGACGGCCCUGUCGGUUCGUCGGGUGUCCCGGCGGAGGUGCAGUGGCGAGCAUCGAACGUCUUCGGCCGGCUCCUGCAGUGGUCGUGCCGUUCCCGCGUGCUCCACAACGGUCGAAAAAUAUGUAUUUUGUAAGCGCCCUCCUGCAGCCAGCUGCGAGAUUGCAUCAAUUUCAUUCGUUGGCGUCUUCCCUCUCGCACCGUUUGUCUCUGUUCGCCGCGCUUGCCACAGCGCGAGUGCGUCUUUUGUUUCUGCUGCCCUGUCGUUCAUGGCAGACCUGUACCGCAGGCUGCCUUUGCUGCUGCUUGCCGUUGUCGUCUUCCAUAUUUGUUGCCUCUUGCGCGUUCCAGGGAGGAAACAAACGCGGCGAACGUCGAAGACGGCCAGGAAGAUGGAGAGGGUACAAACGAGGACCACGUUGUCCGUUGGGGCUGCGGGGUCGUCACGUCAGCGCUGCAGAAGUGCGGAAGCAGUCAGGCGGCCGUAUGACCCCACACUGUACAGCCACCUGCCGUCCCACGAGAUACCGUUGCCUCCAAGUGACAAUGACGGCGACGACCCACGAUGUUCUACCCUUCCUUUGGGCAGCGGUUCGACUCAGGAUUGGAUGGGGAGCCAGCUGCACGGGCAGGCAUCGACGCCGACGUACACUGAUCUGCUGGAGGGGCGUACCCCAACUGGUUAUGACCCAGGACUGGUGGAUCUCAGCUUCGGAUUGAGGUCCGGGAGUGUCGAGGAGGUGACGCGCACCGUUAUCAUGAGCCCAGCUUCGGGCGCCACCCACACACCGACUCCAGUGACAACGCGGACAGGCGGAUCAGUUCCGUGUAGAAUGAUGACGGCAGGUGGCACAGUGGACGGACGACGCCCAAACGAAGAGUGGUCAGCAACGGAGGUCGUUGGUCGAAAAGGGGUGGCGAAGAUUGUCGUGGGGGCGGACAAUAUAUUAGGCGAUGAAGAUGGUGCAGUUGCGGAGGAUUGCGAGGCGGACGACGGGGCCGGUAACGACGACGAGGAGGACGACGAGGAGAUGGAGAUUCGUCCAGUAGGGAGAAAGCGGGGAGGGUCGAGGGCAGCGAAAAAGUUGCCGGAAACGCGCACGGGGCGGAGGGGGAAGAAGGGUGUGGAAGAUGCGUCGGCUGGCGAGGGAUCGAAAAGCCGGGAUUUUUGGACCGUGGAGCACAUGAUUGCUCUCAUCCGGGCAAAAAGAGACCAGGAUUCGCAUCUUGCCGGCCUCGCGCACACCACGGGAAGGAUGAAGACGAAGACAUGGAAGUGGGACGACGUGGAGAAGAGGCUGGUGCACAUGGGGGUCACGAGUAGAAAGGCCGUCGAUUGCGGCAAGAAAUGGGACAAUCUGUACCAGCAAUUCAAAACCGUACACAAGUUUAUGGGAAAAUCGGGGAAGCCAAAUUUCUUCACACUAACGCCAGGCGAGAGGAAGGAGCGGGGGUUCGAUUUUCGGAGGGAUGAGCGUGUGUAUUCGGAGAUGGCGGCGAUGACCAGGAGCGAUCACACAAUACACCCCACCAAUCUCGCCGACAACGGUGCGACUGGAGGUGUUCAAAUGCCCGGCCCACGCGGAGGUCGGAAUGAAUCCGGCGGUAGUGAGGGGGGCGGGGAUGGACAGGACGACGAUCAGGGGUCAACGGGGGAUUCUAUCAGCGGCGGUGGUGUUGGCGGGGGCAGCAAACGGAAGAAUGUGAGACAACAGACCUUCGACACGAUUGCAGACGUGAUGAAGGAGCACGGGAGUCUGAUGGCAACAACCGUGGACAGCGCGAGCAAGAGACAAUGCUCAAUUCUGACUAGGCAGUGCGACAUUCUGGAGCGAGAGGUUGAAGUGCAGAAGGAACACUAUGUUAAGGCGGACCAGGCAAACUUGAUGAUGUGCAAAGCACUUAUGGAGAUUGCUAAAGCGAUCCGCGAGCGAUCGAAAGAUGGCGGGGCGGGCGACGGUGGGGAAACCAACAAAGGCAGAGGCCACAUAUCGAAGUCGAAAAGGCAGCGCAUCGAUGAUACCAGCUCCUCACAAACUGAUGACUUCGUCGCAGACGAAGUGGCUAUGGUGGACGCGCAAGGGACGGCAGGGGUCGCGAGGUUGGGUUUCGAGCGGGAUGGAGUGUCGAGGGAGCAACUUCUAGCAGUGAAACGCAGCGUUGUUGGCGGUGUUGCCAGGACGGUGCCAAGGACCCCAAACACGGCAGGGGUUGUCGUCACGGGCGCGCGGGUCGUGGGACAACUUUCGGCGGCGGCUGGCCAAGGUCAGCCACGUCAAGCACUCCCCCUGCAACACGUGUUGGCAUCAGGGGGAGGGCACACGGCGACCUCGCAAAAGGGCGACGCGACGGCUAGCGUGAGUCGGAUGGCGGCGGCAGAUCACACAGCUAAAGGCGGAGUCGUCGAAGGUGCGGAAAGGGGGGGGGUCGACGAUGUUGGCCGUGACGAUGGCCGAAGAGACGGAAAGCGGGAGGGCAAUGACGGCGACGGCCGUCCACUUCUGCCGAGGGGGAAGGGAAUGCCGAAGGAGGACGAGCUGGAAGAGAAGGCCAAGUUGUGGGUUGAUUGCGACGCUUUCUGGGGUCAGGGUCCUGGGAAACCUCUGAGGGAGGUGGUAAGCGAAUGCACCGACUACUUCGUCGCCAUCGCCAACGGAGACGCAGGAGCUGAGCCGCCUUCGAUGCUCAUCAUGCCGCCGAAUGACGUGCCGCGCUUCAAGAUCGACGACCCGGCGCAGCGUGAUCUGGCUCUCCGCAGAGCGCGCAGUGUGGAGAGAGUAGUGUUGCGCACCAUCCACGGCUGGAUUUUCAAAUCGCAGUCGAGGUCGACUGGCUUCUCUCGUGCAGAGUCCUACAUCACCGUCGACUUCGCCAUGGGCCUUGCACGAGCAGUUUGGCAGGCCUUGGAAUGGUCGAGAGUGGUAUCCCCUGCACUCGUCUACCACACGUUGGCGAUGAAGAUGGACAGUGGUGUCGACCUGCUCCGCGCCGGCACCCAACAAGCACCGAAAAACCCCUCCCUCACAUUUCCCAUCCCCAUGCCCACGGAUUUGCGCGGGAACACUGCCGCGGCGAGGACGACAUCAAUGAACAACGGAAAAAACAAAACACCGACGUCACUGCCGAUCACCUACGACAAUUGAGCCGCUUCACUGCCGAUCAACCACGACCUGGGGAAGCACACUACCGUCGACUACAACAACAAACACCUACAAACGAG